AUGCGUGGAACUUCUGAAAUAAUCGCCCGACAGUUCAACCGUUUGGGUAUUCACGUUGCCCACAAACCGGCAUCUUCAUUACGCGCAGCACUAUCUCGAGUGAAGGAUCCCAUCUCCAAAGAGCAACAAACGAAUGCAAUCUAUCGCAUCCUAUGCGCUUAUUCCUCUUGCGUGUAUGUUGGCCAUACGGGUCGACGCCUGGGCACCCGUUUCAAUGAACAAAAAUUAGCCAUUCGUCGGCGAGACACCCUGUCCCUCGUCUUUGCCCAUGCAUUCGAGUUCGACCACCGAUUUAAUUGGGAUGGCACUGAGGUCGUCACCAUGGCUAACACAAAACGAGCGAGAGAAUUCCUCGAGGUCUGGUACUCCAAUGCGGGUAGUGUCAACCGUCAUGUUAACUUAGAUGCCGAUUACGAGGGUCUACGUUCACGACUGACUGCCCCCUGCCCUAAUCACGCAUCAACGACCGUGAAUGCAGCCGACCGCAUUCCAACUGAUUCACCACCCACCCACCCGCUCCAGCAAAAUGCGCCGUAG